UGCAAAUGUGUAUGAGCAAUUAGCACAUUUAAUUCAGGAAAAAUAAAGCAGGUCAUGCAUCCAAACGUGUACUGAAAUAGAAUAUUAAGUCUUAAACCAAUAUUCUUCAAAUAAAUAAAGACUGCUUUUUGUUUUUGCAAAAUCAGAAAAGAUAUAGCCAUGUAGACAUAUAUUUUGCAAUAAUGCUUUGAAGGAGAUUUGUAUAAUGCAUAAAUACAUCUGUGUUUGUACCAAAAACUACAAAAGCACCAUAUAAAGAGGGGUGAGGGAGUGAGAUGUUCUGCUGACAUUCAUAUCAGCCCGCCUCCCAGUAUAUAUCACAUAACUCAGUUAAAGUGGUACUAUGAUGACAGGAACCAACCAGAAAGCACCAUGCAAAUCAGAAUACUGUAUCCUGUACCAGCUGCUCUGUUGCUAGCUGGUUGUUAUAGUGAUAAACUGAGGCCUUGCCUCUUGGCUUCUCCUUGAAAGAAAAACCUUUAAUUUCUCAAGGGAAGGAAAAGAAGCGAAGGGGGAGAAGGCGGGGGAGAGAAUUACAUGAGAAAGGAAAACAUUAUCUGACUGAGAAGAGAAUAGCAGAGAGGGCAUCACCGCAAGCAGCAUUCACUGGCCAUGCCAGUGCUUGCAACUAAUGCUGAGUCAGAAACAGGUAUCCCAACAUCCCUUUCUAAUGAGCUUCCUUCAGAAACCAUGGAGGAGAUAGAACACACAUGUCCUCAGCCUCGACUGACUUUGUCUGCACCGGCUCCAUUUGCAGGUGAUACAAGCUGCCAGUGCAAAGCCCCCCAUGAGAAGCUAACUAUUGCUCAGGCCCGCCUUGGAACACCAGUGGACAGACCUGUCAGAGUCUAUGCAGAUGGAAUAUUCGACCUCUUCCAUGCUGGCCAUGCUAGAGCUCUUAUGCAAGCCAAAACUCUGUUUCCUAAUAGCUACUUGUUGGUAGGAGUUUGCAGUGAUGAUCUAACCCACGAGUUUAAAGGCUUCACUGUAAUGAAUGAAGCAGAGAGGUAUGAGGCCCUCAGACACUGCCGCUACGUUGAUGAAGUAAUCAGAGAUGCUCCGUGGACACUAACACCGGAGUUUCUGGAAAAACAUAAGAUUGAUUUUGUAGCCCAUGAUGAUAUUCCGUAUUCUUCUGCUGGUUCAGAUGAUGUUUACAAGCAUAUAAAGGAAGCAGGAAUGUUUGUACCAACUCAGAGAACUGAGGGCAUAUCAACUUCAGAUAUUAUUACAAGAAUUGUACGUGAUUAUGAUGUUUAUGCCCGUCGCAACCUCCAGAGGGGAUACACCGCUAAGGAGUUGAAUGUCAGCUUUAUUAAUGAGAAGAAAUACCGCUUUCAGAACCAGGUGGACAAAAUGAAAGAAAAAGUGAAGAAUGUGGAAGAAAAGUCGAAAGAGUUUGUGAACCGAGUGGAAGAAAGAAGUCAUGAUCUCAUUCAGAAAUGGGAAGAGAAGUCUAGAGAAUUUAUUGGGAACUUUUUAGAGCUGUUUGGGCCAGACGGAGCUUGGAAGCAGAUGUUUCAAGAGCGGAGUGGGCGCAUGCUUCAAGCCUUGUCUCCAAGGCAAAGCCCCACAAGCAGUCCAACACGAGGGCGUUCCCCAUCACGGUCUCCAUCUCCCCCUUCCCCCUGGCUCUUCAGAAAGGCUUCACCUCCUUACUCCCCAAAAGCCGCCUCAGCAUCCAUUAGCAGCAUGAGUGAAGGAGAUGAAGAUGAAAAGUAAAAAAGGAAAGAUCAAGGUAAUGAGUAAAAAGAGGAGGGAGGAACCACAAUUGGUCCCACUAAUUCAGAAGUCAAGUGGAAAGAAUAAAGGGGUAAAUGAGGUAUGGGAUGUUUCUUGAAAGGGACGUGGCACCACACAGAUAAUGGAGCACAGAAGAUCUCAGCUACAGCACAGAUAUUUGCUGAAGAGGGAACUGCCAGACCAACAGCACACAAUGAAAGGAUAUGCAAACAUUUGACUCAUUUCUUAACAAUUAUCAACACUUCAUUGUGCUGUUGCAGUUGUUGUUGCUUGAGCACCUUGAAGAGUUAUGGGAAAUCCGGCACUGAAGGGGAACCAUGCGUCGUUUCAGACAAACAAAGCUGGUAUAUGGUAUUAAGAGGCAUUCCCUUUGGCUACACAAGAUGCAUCAACAUUUGAACUCCAUUGCGCAUUUGCUAAAAGCUGAACUUUUGAAAAUGAAGUACUGUCUGGAAACUGCAAAAGCUCCCACAAUGCAAACAAGGGAGAACAAUAAACUCCCCAAUCAAACAAUGUUUAUAGAACUUAACCUGUCUUUCACAAUGGACAUACUUUGAAUCUUUUAAGUUUGUUGAAUGUUGCUUGUUGAGCAGGCUUUUCUGUAGGGCCAGUUUAUUUUAAUGUGAACACAAAAUUGUUUGGUCCUCUCUUACUAUCUUUUACUAAUGCACCCAAAACUAAUUUUCUUUUCUUUUUUUUUGUAAGAGUUUUCUUCCUGAUGUUUGAGAAAGCUAUUUCAUAUCUGGGGAAUUUUAUUUAUUUUUGAUUAAUCUAUAAAAAGGCCAAUGUCCAGGCUAGCACCCAGUCAUCUAGUAUCCACAGGGUUGAUUUAAAAAUUAUUUCUCAAAUAAGACUGUGAGUAGAAACUGAACAAGUUAACUGUUAAGAGGUCAGCCUCACAGGAUUGACUGAAAUGCUUUUUCAUUCUGGUUAAAUGUUUUAAUGUGUAAAUACCCAUGGGAAUCCAAUAGAAAAAAAGAUUACAUUAGAACUGCCUCUUCAUUACAGACCUUUGUAAAAUUGGAAGGUUUUAACAGUUCCACAGUGAAUUAUGCAUACAACUACAUUUUAUUCUAUCCUAUGCAUGAAUCGGUUUUUAAAAGAAAAUAAAACAUGCCCCCUAUUUUAUGCUCAAGAUUUAUUCAGCAAAUAGGUAUUCAGAAGAACAUAUAUAUAUUCCCUAUAUAAAGCCAGCCCAUACCUUUAUAACCUCCCUACAAUAACUUCUGAAACAUCUGCCACCAGCCUUUCUGAGUUCCUCCCCUGUUAAAAAGUGAUAUUACAAAGAGAAUGACGUGAUCCUACAGCAGGCCUACAUAAUCUGUCACCCAUUAAACUGAAUGUAGUCUAC